AUGUUUUUCUCCUCUGAUUGCUGGAACGUCAUUGGCGAAAAAUGGACGAUGCAAUUUCAAUCUGCUCUUGAAGAUAAAAGCGACGAGAGCUUCAUACUUAAGCUGACAAAUAAGAACAAUGUCAUAGGUCGUACCCGACGAUUUCAGGGGAUCGUCGAAGAAAUUGAUCCGUUUUCUGGAGAAAUAUUUUCAACAAAAGAAAUUCGAAGUUCUCCUGAUUCUGAUUUCAUCAAAUUCGAGCUUGGCAAGCAAAUUUCCUGUUUUAUCCGACUCAACAUCACUCUCCUCUCAUUAAAAAUUGAAAAGAAAACUUCUUUAGAAACAGUCAAAAUUUUAUCUUUUAUGUUUAAUAAGUCCGGCAAAGUUCUUUGCUCAAAAUCCUUCGCGAGAUUCUCGACCGCGACAAGCGCUAAUUUUCCCACUGAUAAGAGAAGAGAGAAGAGUGUCAGGAUAAUAGCCAGCCCGCAAAAUUGA